AUGACAGAACAAUCAAUCAACAUACCUCAAGUCCUCGUUUUCCUCGUCGUCAUCUUCCUCGCCUCACGAUGGUACCUCAGCAAGCCAUCCGGCGCACACACGCACGCAGCUCCCGCCCGCUCCACACCACGCAUAAACCCCGCGCAAAUCGACCAGAUAGCAGCAAUGUUCCCGCAACUGAGUCGGCGAGACAUCGCGUGGGAUCUGCAGAGGAAUGGCGGGAAUGCCUCUGCGACGACGGAGAGAGUGCUUGGUGGACGCGGACUAGAUACUAGCGAAGAGCCGGCCAAGGAAGAGGCACCGAAGAAGGCGUGGAGCGCGGAUAAGAAUGAGAGGCAGAUGAACUUGCAGCGCAGGAGAGAGGAAAUGAUUUUGGCGGCGAGAAGGAAGCUGGAGGCGCAGGAGAAAGGGAAGGCGCCUGCGUAG